CAAUAUGGCCGUUCAGUAGCAGCAAAUCUAGUAACACGCACAGUUCCACAUUUUAUUGAGUAGUGGGGUUAAUUGCAUAAUAAAAAGUUAGCUCCUAAGUCGCCAUGUGGCUGAGACUUCCCGCAGUAUGUUUAAGAAACCAGACGGCUGCUCUUCUCAAAUGUUCAAGGCUAUGGGAAGGUGCUAACGGGGCUCUCUUCAGUCAUUCAGCUGGACCUGCUGCACUAACAAGCAAAGCUCUUCUGUUCAGAAAACACGGAGACCCUUCUCAAGUCGUCCAGUUCGAAGAUGUAGACCUGCCCCCCGUGGGGGCAAAUGAUGUCCUGGUUAAAAUGCUAGCAGCUCCAAUCAACCCAUCUGACAUCAACAUGAUUCAAGGAACGUAUGCUAUCUUGCCUGACCUCCCAGCUGUUGGGGGCAAUGAGGGAGUGGCCCAGGUCUUAGAAGUCGGAGGCCAGGUGACCUCCCUCAAAACAGGAGACUGGGUCAUUCCAAAAGAUGCUGGUUUAGGGACCUGGAGGACAGCAGCAGUGCUAGCAGAGGACGAUGUCAUCUCCCUACCGAAUAACAUUCCCUUAUUGUCUGCUGCCACACUGGGGGUGAAUCCCUGCACUGCCUUCAGGAUGAUCUCUGACUUUGAAGAUCUCAAGCCAGGUGAUUCUGUGAUCCAGAAUGCAGCCAACAGUGGAGUUGGGCAGGCUGUAAUACAGAUUGCAGCUGCGAGGGGAAUAAACACCAUCAACGUCGUCAGAGACAGGCCAGAGUUCACACAGCUCAGUGAUAGGCUGAAGGCCAUGGGAGGAACUCAUGUGAUCAAAGAAGAGACACUGAGGCGGCCUGAGAUGAAGGAACUGUUCAAGACCUGUCCAAAGCCUAAACUGGCACUGAAUGGAGUCGGAGGCAAGAGCGCAACAGAGCUGCUCCGUCAUCUACAGUAUGGAGGAUCUAUGGUGACGUAUGGAGGGAUGGCCAGACAGCCAGUUACUGUCCCUGUGAGUGCUCUUAUUUUCAAGGAUGUGAAGGUUCGGGGAUUUUGGGUCACACAGUGGAAGAGAGAUCACUCAAGCGAUGGAAAGGCAUUCAGGGCCAUGCUGGAUGAACUGUGCCACCUCAUUCAGCAGGGAAAGCUGACGGCUCCUUCCUGCACUGAGGUGGGCCUCCAAGACUUCAGCAGAGCUCUGGAAACAGCUAUGCAGCCUUUCACCUCGGCGAAACAGGUCUUGAUCAUGUAAAUGGACUCAACCAACUAAUCAUUAAAUGAGUGACUGCCACAUUAUUGUCAACGAGUCAAUCAAAUUCACUGCUUGAGCACAUACUGAAUAAAUGUGUCUCACAGCAGGCUCAAAGUCCAGCAUCUGUCAAGUUAUGACAUUUUAAGUUACCCCUAAGUUCACUGACAGUAAUUCAAAAGUCAUUACAUCUUUAUAUAGCGAUGUGGGAAAACGGGAAGCUAUAUAGAACUCAGAUAAUGCAGCUUUAUCUGAUGUGUUUAGUAACAGGUUGAUUUGUUACUAAAUUAUAUGGCCCGAGUAAGUGCAAUUUUGUAUUAAUCAACAGAUUUACUGUUGCGAUAGUACUGAUAUUCGCAGUGCAUUGAGUCUUGCUGCUAAAAUGACAUUCAAGCAAUAAAAAACUGUCAAAGUC